CGGAACCUGCCUGUAGACACAAGGCCCUAGAAGAAAUAGAAAAAGUUAGGUUAGGCACGUCCAGCGUUGACAAGCCGGGAACAUGCUUAUUGGAGUUUGACGUGGAGCCACUGCUUCGCGUACCUGAUCGCACGGUUGGUGACGUACGGGUGAGACGAAUGAGGAACAGUAACAAAGAAACAAUGUCUUAUCUGCGCGACUGGCGACAAGCGUUGCGCGCACCCCACGUCUAUCGGGUGGCGAACAGCACGUUCCGCGUGCAGAGCCAGUGCAUUUUGCUGAUUCUCCUCGUCCUGAGCGUGCCGAUUUUCUUCCUCGCGUAUCCGCUGCUGCACACCGUCAUGUGCUCGCCACCGAGCACGUCAACUGUUACGCAGUGUCAUUAUUACAAGUAUAACAAAACUUAUCCCACCUCGACACCCAUCAGAACUUCCAUGGGUAUCACGUACAGGAUAGCGAUAGUAAGUGACCUCGACCACGAUUCCAAGCUUCCGGAUAAGAAGGAUACAUGGCACAGUCUCAUGAAAACCGGCAGUCUCUAUUGGAAUCCUAACACAAAUUUUCUCUCUGUUAUCUGGGAUGACACGACUAUUACAUUAUCCUCAUCAUUGUCUAUGAAAGGACGCGGUAUGGAACUGUCAGAACUGGUGACGUUUGACGGUCGUUUAUUGUCCUUCGAUGAUCGCACAGGAAUGAUAUACUUCCUCGAAGGCGAUCAGGCUUAUCCAUGGGUGAUCUUAAUGGAUGGAAACGGUAGAAAUCAUAAAGGAUUUAAAUCAGAGUGGGCAACCAUCAAAGAUGAGCAAUUGUAUGUUGGCAGUAUGGGAAAAGAAUGGACCACACCGUCUGGAGAAUUCGAGCACAACAAUCCAUUGUGGAUAAAAGUGGUGUCACCACGUGGGGAGACACAUUCUCUCAAUUGGAUUUCUUAUUACAAACGAUUAAGGCAAGCGAUUAACAUCGAGUAUCCAGGUUAUAUGAUACAUGAAUCUGGUGCCUGGAGCGACAUACACAAGAGCUGGUUCUUCUUACCUAGAAGAUGCUCCCAUGAACGUUACAAUGAGACCAGAGACGAAAUCAUGAGUUGUAAUGUCAUGUUGACCGCGGAUGAAAAUUUUGUCGAUAUCAAAGUUACUUAUGUCGGGGAAUUCAUUUCUACCAGAGGUUUUUCUAGUUUCAAGUUCCUCCCUGGUUCGCAGGAUUCUAUCGUUAUAGCGUUGAAGACCGAAGAAUACCAAGGGCGGACAGCUACUUACAUUAUGGCUUUCACGACGGAAGGAACUGUGAUAAUGGCUGAAAGCAAAGUGAUGGAUAAGAAAUUCGAAGGACUAGAAUUUAUAUGACGUUCCGCAUAGAAAUAGUUGUCAAUUAUUUAACAAACUUGUAAAUAGAUGUACAGAAUUUGCAUAGACUUAAGUUUUUACAAGCCCGACUUCUAGAAAAUUUACCAGUGUAAAUAACUCAAAGUUAUUUCCUUCAGCGAUAAGCAUUUUUAUGUUCGAAGCAUUGGAAUAUAAGUUUUAUUCUCACUGAUCAGGAAUGGCGAAUUUGUUCGCUAUGUAAAUGCAUGCUGAACUAACGGCAAUUGUAAAUACAUAUACAUGGACAAAGUCCAAAAAGGGAGUUGGAUCUUUUCUUGAGUCCCAGGGCUAGUGCCUUUUUCAAAGACGAAAUUUUCAAGUUUGUAGAUCGAUGGGAGGAGGUCAUUAGACGAGGCAGAUCAUAUUGACGAUUAAAAUAACGCUUCUCGUGAAAACAAUUUUUUCCUUUUUGCAUAAAAUACGAAAAGACUUUCUGACUAACCUGAUAGAUGGAUAGAUAGAUGUUACAAUUGAUAUAAUAAACAAAUAAAUAUAUACUUAUAAUUAUUACAAAUAAUAAAUUAUUAAGCUUAUCUGGGUUUUUACAUCUCACGUAACAAUAGAAAACAUAUGACAAGCUGGCAACUUGUGCACCACACUAUUGAAAAUGGGUUAUAAGUUACAAAGAUAACAAGAGUUGUCUGAGGAUAAACAAUACCGUUAGUCAUGUAUACUAUAUAUACCAUUCCCUAGAUAGAAAAUUACAAGUUGAAAGCACAAUAAAUUCUCAUAAUUGACUAUCGAUGACAAGAGCCAAAGUGAUGAUACAGAAAAUUUUGAUGAAAAUAACACGAUAACAUAGUACAUUCAAAAGUAUCCUAAAUUUCAUCGUUGCAAUAUUGGUGCUCGGAGAAUUAUAAAAUCUUAUAUUUUAUGUAUACUUCCACUGCUUCUUGAUUAUUUCACAAGCUCAUCGGCAAUAACUCUCAAUUGCGACAGUUUGCUGCGGUCUCAAUUUUAUUGUGUCGAAAUUAUUUUGCAACCAAAUGUAGACGAUUGCCACUUUAUUGCGGAAAUAAGAAGAAUAAAUGAGACCUGAUAUUUCGCGUUGUGGAAAACUGCUCAAUUUGAUUCCCUUAAUGUCGCGUUCUUUUUAGAUUUGUUUCCGAUAUUUCGUGAACAUUUUAAUUCACUUCUUUUGGAAGAGAAACGAGCUGAAAGAAUUUCGUAUAUUUCUAUCGCUGUACUACUAAAAGACAUAAUAAAAUUAAAAUUCAUUUAUAUAAAAAAAAAAUUA